AUGAUCCUCCUCGAUGACAAACAAGUAGAGGCCCUCGAGGCCCGGCGGAUAGCAGAAGAACAGGAACAGGCGAAUCAAGAACCUCCUCCAACAUAUGCAUCACUACAAUCAAGUCCUUCAAGCUCUGCGCUGGUAGCCAAAACCGUCAACUAUGUGGCUAUCACCCGAACACACGCCUCCGUAAAAGAGAUCCUGAUCCUGGAUCCAUCUGUCUUUGUGCCUGUCUUUCUGAGGCCUCCACUCGCGCCAGGUGAAACAGAAGAAACUCGCAAAAAUCUCAGACUGGAAGCUACUCAUGGCCAUGUCCACGCGGAUAUAACCCUUGUCGGAAAUGACGACAAUCCGAAUGAAUCCUCUUCGAAGAGGAACAAGCGCGUCCUCAUGAGCAUGAAAUCAACGCAUGGAGGGAUUGUAGCUAAAGUUGCAGUAAAUGGAGACAUCCGUCUGCAUCUCCCACGCACGUUCCAUGGACCACUCAUCGUCUCCCAUAGACAUGGCUUAGUUAGGUUCUCGGAUGCCGUGAACCGGAAUCUCACAACGUUUGGCGAGGUGGAUAGCACACGCCGGUGCUUCUUGGGAGACUUUUCGCGAUGGAGCGAUGCGGGGAAUGGCUGGCCCGGCGAUGAGCUUGUCGUCGAAGUCCGUCAUGGGAAUGUUAAAAUUCAUUACGACGACGAUGCAGUAGGAUCAACAGUAAAGUCGCGGCCAACUCUUCUAAACCGGAUUUUUGGAUUUUGA